UACAAAGAAGAAUAGCGUAAAACAAUGCAUAUAGAAGAAAAAAGUGAGCAUAUAGCCUAAGAAAUGACGCAUAUACCCAUUACAACAGCAGAAUAUUUGACGCAUAGACUCCAUCAAUUAGCAUGUAAAGAAGCUAACCAAGAAACGGAUAACAGCUGUAAGGAGACACGUGGAAGGGAUUCAUGUUCGUCUCCAAGCAUAUCGUUGUUAUCAAUGUUUCUUUCAUCACCCAAAGCAGGUCUUCCAGAAGUAUCGAAUCUUGAUCUUUUAUCAGACCACGAGUCAACGAGCGGACAUUCUACACCUACGCCACCUUUAAUGCUUCGAUUUGCACCGAAAUCGAGCGUUAAGUUUGUACCGCCGUCUCAGAAACCAAAUAUCCAUGAAUUGGUUCAUACGUUAUCACCGAUUCUGCAACAACCCUAUUUUCCUCAUAUUUCUCAAGUAGAACCUGUAGGAGAUAAGUCUCAAUACAGUGUUCGAUUUGCAGCUGCUCAAAAAGAGAGAAAUAUGCAAGCACAAGUACUGAGACCUUCAAAAGAAGAAUUGAUAAAAGAUUCAGGAAUAAGCACGAAAAAAAUAUUAAAAAAUGGGUUAGUAGAGGAGGAAAAGAAAAAUAUGGAUAUUUCGGAUGAUUCGAAGGGGCAGUCGAAGCCUUCAGUUAAGAUUCUUUUAGAGAAUGUGCUUCCAAAAGAAAGAAUGAGUUUUGUAGGGGUUGAGGACGAGACAGAUGACGAUUAUGAACAGUUAGAGGAUGAAGAGGAAAAAGAAAUUCAAGAAGAGGCAGAUGAUUUAUAUGAAAGUUUUUAUCGGAAUCAAAAUAUCGAAGAAACAAGUCAUAAUGUAAUAAGUCAAUCGUUUGAACCUACUUCAUAUGAAGAAAUGACGGCAACUUCUUAUGAUUCCUUGAAAAAACCUACGUUAUCAUUGAUUAACUGCGUCAAUCAAUCUCCUGAAUACUUAACGACUUCAUCUAAGAAUAAUAAAUUUCAAGAUGAUACAGAUUUUAUUUUGGGAAAUUUGGAUGAGGAUCAGGUCAUUUCUCCCAAAGAGGGCUCAAAUAUUCAAAGAUCUAUAGAAGAAUCCAAGAUAAUAACACCACAUGACAUUGAUCCUACUUUUCCAUAUUCUGAUACAGAAGAAAGCGAUAAUCCAGACAAUAGCGUUUUCGAAAUACAACAGCAUACAUUAUAUCAUCAUUCACCACCACUCAGGAUAAAAAAAAAUAAAAUACUAUCUAUCAAAUCAUUAUCAGGACAAAAAAAGGAUUUUCAUGAAAAAGAAUAUUUUAAAAAAUAUUUUGAAAAAAGCAAAAUUCAUACCAUUAAUAUACCAUUGCAUAAGAAUAAUCAUCGGAAGCAUUCUAAAAGCAAUAACAACAACAAAAUUAAAUAUCCUUACGGAGUUAAAGAGAUUAAAAAAAAAAAUAGUUUAUAUAACUCAGAGUCUUUCUAUAUAAGUUUUUAGAGAUAUACUAACACAAGAUUUUGUCUUUUUAUUUUAUUUCUUAC